CCUGCCGCUAUAGCGCACUUCUUCCUUUUGAAACUCCACUUCUGUGGGGAGUGCGGAAAGCCGAAAUCUCUUGUACAAAUACUGAUUAACGGGAUCGACCAAGCGGAUCUCGGAGCUAAAAAAAGGCGGCGAUAGGGCGACUGGGGCUUGUGGUCACCGGAUGGCGUGACCUGCGAGUCCGCCUCAAGGAGCGCGAGGACCCAGCCAACCCUGCUCUCGGCAUCCCCGCCAAGGAGGCAGCAGGAUGUAUCUUUCCUGCCUAGAAACAAGCACCACGGCCACCAGCUCUCGCAGCCGUGAGCGAGGAGGGACCGCGAGGCCUGCUGCGCGCAGUCUCGGAGUCGGGCGGAAGGGAAGGCCCCCCGCUUCCCUCAGGCCACGCCCUUCCCCGCUCUGCGCAUGCGCCUCUGCAUAGCUCAGUGGGGCCUGGGAGCCUGCAGAGGGCGACAGAACCCGCGGCGCCUGCCUUUUACGUCACGCUCCGCUUGCGUGCUGAUUCCGGGUCAGAGGUCGGGCGUAGCUUGGGUCAUGGUGCAGCUCAGGCCGCGCGCGUCCCGCGCCCCGGUGUCGGCGUCGGCGAUGGUGGACGAGGGCCAGCCCGCCUCGGAGGAGGAGGCGGAGCACGGCCUGUUGCUCGGGCAGCCGAGCAGCGGCGCGGCUGCCGAGCCGCUGGAGGAAGACGAGGAAGGGGACGAUGAGCUUGACGACGAGGCCCCGGAGGAGCUGACUUUCGCCAGCGCCCAGGCGGAAGCGAAAGAAGAGGAGCGGCGAGUUCGCGAGACCGUACGCAGGGAUAAAACGCUUCUGAAGGAGAAAAGGAAGCGACGCGAGGAGUUGUUCAUCGAGCAGAAGAAAAGAAAACUUCUUCCAGAUACUAUUCUAGAGAAGUUAACUACAGCUUCACAAACUAGUGUGAAGAAAUCACCGGCAAAGUUGAAAGAAGUUAAUUUGCAAAAGAAAAAUGAAGAAUGUGAGAAAGGAAGUGACUCUAAGAAAGCUAAAGAAAAAGUGCAAAAAGUACAGACUGUUGGCCAGAAUAAAAGCUACUUGGCUGUAAGGCUAAAAGACCAAGAUUUGAGAGAUUCAAGGCAAGAAGCAGCCAAAGCCUUCAUACAAAAUUGUUUAUAUGGUCCUGGAACCAACAGAACUACUGCAAGAGGUUACCGGUGAAAAAGGCCGCAGCCCAGUUUUUGAAUAAUGCUUGGGGAUCCCAGAAAAAACAAAAUGCCAAGAGGUUUAGAAGACGUUGGAUGGUCAGAAAGAUGAAAACUUCUAAGAAGUAAAUCAAAGCUAAAUGAAGAAUGAGUACUUUGUAUGUAUAGAACUUAUAAAUAUUUAGUUUAGAGCGUUUAAUUUUUUUGAAAAAAUUAAUAAAAAAGACUUACUUAAAGGGUCAUUAUAAAAAUCUUAAGUCUAUUUGGGGUGGUACCCAGUCCCAUCUCAUCCAUGGAGUAUAAUUAAUUGUGCCUUAUCGUCUUUGAGCAUCCUGGAAGAAAAAGCAGUUUAAAAGGACUUGUUUUCCUUUCUUUUUAUAAUCGUUUCCCCAUUUUAUUGAACACAAGCAGUGCCCACACCAGUAGGGCUCCUCUGCUACCCCUCCUCCCUCCCCUGCAGGGUGUGUGGCAGGAAAAGUCUUCCACUACAGCUCUCCAAUGCUUUAGUCUCUCGGAUAUUUUUGUGCUAUUAUUGAUGAGAAUGUCACAGAAUGUGAGGAAGAGUGCAGUAUCUAAG